AUGUCCUCGGCCAAGACGACAACCAUACCGGCCGCCGCCGACGCCGAUGCCGACACCAGGCCCAAGAUCCUGCUACACCCAGUGCCCAUCUACGACUCGCCGCUGGCCAAGGGCGUCUCCGUGGGCCGCGUCGCGGUGCUGCUGGGCCUGCUGGCAUGGGGCAUGGACAGCCUCGUCGCGGACCCCGCGUCGGCGCUGCAGAGGGCGCUACCCGUCGUAGCCGCCGUGCAGGCCGUCUACGCGACGCUGUGCAUCCCACCCGCCGGGUCGGCGAGCAGAGCGGGCAAGAAGCCGCGCCCGGGCGAAAAGACCAAGAAGAAUGACGGGAGCACCAGUGUUAUUUCCAGCGUCAUUGUCGCCCUCGUCCUCUCCGCGCUGACGGUCCCCGCACUGUACGCGCUCCUGGUCCUCUUUGGCGCGCCGUUCCUCGCGCACACGGCGCACACGGUGCUCUGCGCGGCGCACUUUGCGCUGCUGGCCGUGUUUCCGGUGGUGCACGCGCGCGGGCUGGACCGGUCGGCGCUGGUGGCCGUGGCGGGCGCCGCGGCGCCGCUGGACGAGCCGUACGGUGCGCUGGUCGGCGCGGCUGCCGGCGCGUGGCUCGGCGCGGUGCCGAUCCCGCUCGACUGGGACCGCGACUGGCAGCGGUGGCCGGUGACGGUCGUCGUCGGCGCGUACGUGGGCGCCGCGGCGGGGAGCCUGCUGGCGGGCACCGUGCUAUACGGCAAGAGGCUGGCGGGUCAUGCCGUCAAGGCAGAUUGA